AUGGCUUCCGAGCCUCUCCUCCCUCCAAAGGAGGGCCCCAGCCUCCCUCCGACAUUCAAGACCAACGUGGCUGCUGCUCUCAACCAGAACCAUUUGAUCACUCCUCCCGACCAACCAGAGCACGACUUCGGCCCCGUCACUGGCCACGAAGACAAGAGCGACGACCCGGUGCUGGUGGUUGACGGAUCGGAUGUUCUUCCGCCGACACCCAGUUUGUCGCGAAGCUCUUCUCAAUCCUCCUCAUUCCCUGUUCACGGACUCUUCGAUCCCGAACCUGUCCCAGUUUCACAGCCAACCCCUCAACCCAGCAACUACUCCCGCAGCGAUAUUGCUGAUGCGAUCACCUUGACAUACUGGGGUUACGACUUAAUUCUUCAACAUCCGAAUAAAUUCCGUGCUCAGGUUUCCCCUUCUCAGCUCUAUCGUCUUUGUGACCGAAUGGUGCCGGACGAGGGUCGCUUUGUUCGUGCAGACGAGCUUGCUAGAAGAGUGGAGUGCUUCCUCAACUACCGCAUUGACUGGUUCGUCCCUGGGGUCGGCGCUGACACAGUCCGUGACGCCACCUCGUGCUCGCCGGGACCAUGGAAUGGCAUCAAGCGGUUGGCGUUCGCAGGGCUUCUGAAACAGUACGCGGCCGAUGACAUGGACUCGGUCUUGAUGGACAUCAGGAAUCAUCUCUAUGCCGGCAUCCCAUCUUGUAUGGAGUGGAUUCCCGAAGAAUCGAGUCUCCCACGAGUGACCAGGUCUUCUGCUCAAGCUAAACUUGGCGCCAAAUUGAAGUCCGCGAAACUCAACGAACGGCGCCAUAAUCGUCCCGUUGCAGUUGCCGCGCCGCCGCAAGAAAAGAAGGCAAAGGUUCCAGAUGCUGCGUUGUAUCUCGGCGAAGAAACACUCAGCAGAACCAGAGGAAUCAAACGCAGAUAUGUGGAAGAAGAAGAAGUUCAAGAGCCCCUCGUUGUCGAGGUAAAACCCGUCACAGAACAGGAAACCGCCGAGGAGACCGAGUCCGUCAAGAGCGUCAAGAAGCCUAAAGUGAUCUCGGACAACAAACCCAAGCCGACUCGGCGAAGCUCAGAUAUCAAGUUGAAGAACACUAGAAACCGCAAUUCGGACAAGCCAAGGGGUCCAAGCGAAUCACUCUGCCGGAACAUCAAAGACACUCUCAACAGACGCUCCGAGGACAAGAUCAACUUCAAGGCCUUCCAAGAUGCGAUUUCACCGCCGAACGGGCCGGAUAUCCACCUGGCUCCUUGCGAGUUUACGGCUGAGGAAUUGAAGGAUAUCCGAGAGCUUCAAGACAUUGGCGACUGUACAGGUCUUCAUCCAGAAGAGAUCAGGCUCUGCAAGCUUUUGGCCAUGAGCGCAGACCUGUACAAAUGCCAGAAGGCACGGUGCUUUAUCGGCCUUGCCUUGUUCGUGGAAUACAACCUUGAGAAGCUCACUGAGAACAACCCCAAGUUCAAGGUUUUGAACGUUGGCAAGGCUCAGUUUCAAUUGUUUGGCAAUGUGGACGUCAACAAGAUCAGCAAAAUGUACACAACUUUCAAAAAAUGGGGUUGGGUUGAGGAUAUGACGCAGCAGAGCAUUCCACAGUCCUACAUUGACCGGUUUCCACAAGCUCAUCGUCUGGCGCUCAAGAACGAAGUUGCUGAAUACGAGGCUACCCUCUCAGCCGAGAAGCGGAUCUUCAGAGUGUGA